GAGCGCUGCGCGCGGGCCAAGAUGGCGGCCGGGAGCGCCUCGCGCUGGCUUGGGGCGGCCGCCGCCGCCGUCAGGAGCCGCGGGCCGGCGGACGGGCGGCCGCCGCUCGUCUGGCUGCUCCGGGGGCUCAGCGUCCCGCCGCCGCCUGCCGCCGCCUCGGCCCGCGCCGCCCGCCGCCUCCUGCCGCCGUGCGCCGGGCUCUGCGCCGCGGGGACGAGUCGCGCUGCCGCUGCCUCCUUCCACACCAGCGCCGCGGCCCGCGCCAAGGAGGACUACUACCAGGUGCUGGGGGUGCCCCGCACCGCCACCCAGAAGGAGAUCAAGAAGGCCUAUUACCAGCUGGCAAAGAAAUACCACCCUGAUACAAAUAAGGAUGACCCUAAAGCAAAAGAGAAGUUCUCUCAGCUGGCAGAAGCCUAUGAGGUGCUGAGCGAUGAGGUGAAGCGGAAGCAGUACGACGCAUACGGCACGGCCAGCUUUGAUGCAGGCGCAGGUGGUGCGGGCUCGGGGCGGCAGUACUGGAGCAGCGGCCCCUCCAUCGACCCCGAGGAGCUCUUCAGGAAAAUCUUUGGAGAGUUUUCGGGAUCCCCUUUUGGUGACUUUCAGAAUGUCUUUGACCAGCCCCAGGAGUACAUCAUGGAGCUGACCUUCACCCAAGCUGCCAAAGGUGUCAACAAGGAGAUUGUGGUGAACAUCAACGACUCCUGCGAGCGAUGUGAUGGUAAAGGACACGAGCCUGGUACCAAAGUGCAGCGCUGCCACUACUGCAGCGGCACUGGCAUGGAGACAAUAAACACGGGCCCAUUCGUCAUGCGCUCCACGUGCCGGCGCUGCGGUGGCCGCGGCUCUGUCAUAACGACACCGUGCGUGGUAUGCCGAGGCACUGGGCAGACCAAGCAAAAGAAGAGAGUGAUGGUUCCCGUGCCAGCUGGUGUUGAGGAUGGGCAGACAGUUCGGAUGCCCGUGGGGAAGAAAGAAAUUUUCAUCACGUUCAGGGUUCAAAAAAGUCCUGUGUUCAGAAGAAAUGGAGCAGACAUCCAUUCAGACCUCCUCAUUUCAGUAGCACAGGCUGUUCUGGGAGGCACAGCCAGAUGUCAAGGCUUGUAUGAGACAAUCAAUAUCACGAUACCCCCUGGUAUUCAGCCAGACCAGAGGAUUUGCAUGAAUGGGAAAGGCAUCCCCAAAGUUAACAGUUAUGGCUACGGAGACCACUACAUUCACAUAAAGAUAAAAGUUCCUCAGAGGCUGACGGAUCGCCAGAGAGCCUUAAUGAUGAGUUAUGCUGAGGAUGAGGCUGAUGUGGACGGCACGGUGAAUGGGGUCACCAGCACAGCGUCAGGGAAACGUUCCACUGGAAACUAAGAGCCAGCAGCAGCAGCUCCUCUUUGCAGCAGGGAAUGAAUCUGGCAGCGGGCUCAGGAGAGUGAAGGAUGUCAGUCAGCAGCAGCAGAGUGAGAAUACCAGCUGGAAAGGCCACGAGCCAACAAUCAUCAUGAUAGAUCCACCCCACCACCCUCGGGAAUGAUAAUGAAGGAGAAGCCAGCUAGGCAGAGACAUGGCAUGCUCUUGAGGUGGCUCCACGGCCCCUACUGCUGCUGGAGGCUUCUUGGGUAAAGAUGGAAGUUGAAAUAUCGUUUAGAAUCCUAACAGGAAAUGUGAGACAAAAAUUGUCCUUCCAGCACAGACUGGAGCAGUUUGCUGUAUGGAGCCAAAGAUGGUGCUCCCUCAGGUGCCCUCCUGAGUGCCGGAUGUGCUUGGUGGACUUGUCACUGCUUCUCUUCUCCAGGAGACCGAGUGGGUCAGUGAAUGCUAACUCUGCAUCCCCCCCACCUCCUGGAGAGGUAAGCCUCCCUGGGGCUGGGACUUCUCUGAGCCUACCCUCAGAGACCAGGGUUUCUUAGUCCUGCUGACUUCCUGCACAAAGAGCAGCAAUGGAGUCUGUACUUUGCUUCAGGUUCCCCUGACCUCCCCAAUUAACUGGAGAUACCCCACAGACGCUGCUGAAGGAGCACACAUUUAUCACCAGGCCAUUGUGCCAGCUGGGGCAAAAGCUUUUAUUAAUUAGCGCAACACUCAUAGCAUAAAUGAUUUGUCCAAGAACACGUGUGAGAGUCAAGUGCAGGGGAUCCCUCCUCCCAGGCAGGUGUGAGCUGGUGCAGUAGUUCCGUGGUUGCUGAAGCUGUUGUUAGUUACACUGUGCAGGCACCGCCAGCCUCUAUGCUGAUCCACUCAUGAAAUGAGGAUGUGUCCUAGUCUCAUCCUUCUUAAUUUGCUGACAUAAAGUACACCUUCCCUCCUGAUUAGACUGUACAGUGAUUCUCUAUCCAUGUAAAUAAGAUUGAUUUCAUAAAGAUGUUUAACACCCA